UUGUUGUUACAGAGAUAUUAGUAAUCAUGAUACAGGCAUGGCCGCGAAUACGGUGAAAUUUUUACGUGUCGUGCGAAAUGUUGCGAAUGGUUUGAAAGCUGUGUCUUCCGUACAAGUUUAUACUCCAUUGCCGAGUAGACGCUGGACAAAUGGUGACUUUAGAGUUGAUACUUCUAGGUUCUACGCUUCAGAAGGAGUUGGAGUGGCGACGUCAGAUAAAACAGAAACUGACGAAGAUACCAAGAAGAGAGAAGCAUCAUGGAAGGCAAUGAAAUACGGAUUUAUAGCAUUUGGAGUUUCGUUUGGUUUUUUGGGCUCCUAUGCAAUUUAUGAAUUAGGGUCACCUGAGACAGAUGAGCAAGGAAAUGUAGUUGAGGAUGAAUUUAGUAGUAUGCCUCUCCCAAUACAGUACCUCAGGAGGACAUGGAGGCAAAUGAAUUAUUUCAAAAAGCUGAUAAGGGAGCCAUCUCGAGAAAAACUUCUUCCGGAUCCCCUGACAUAUCCCUACCAGCAACCUCCAUACACGCUUGUUUUGGAAAUGAAGGAUGUACUAGUUCAUCCUGAUUGGACAUACAAAACUGGUUGGAGAUUCAAGAAGCGCCCCGGUGUUGACCAGUUUCUGGAACAAGUGUCUUUCCCACUCUUUGAAGUAGUAAUUUUUACAGCAGAACAGGGAAUGACUGUUUUCCCAAUAUUGGAUGCAUUAGAUCCUAAUGGAUACAUCAUGUAUCGGCUAGUGAGGGAUGCUACCCAUUUUGUAGAUGGACACCAUGUAAAGAAUCUGGACUGUUUGAACAGGGAUCUUAGUAAGGUGAUUGUGGUUGACUGGGAUGGUGAAUCUGUCAAGUUUCACAAAAGGAAUACACUGAUUUUGCCUAGGUGGAAAGGAAAUGAUGAUGACAAAACAUUACUGGAUCUUGCAGCUUUCUUGCGAACUAUUGCGCUAGCAAAGGUAGAAGAUGUCCGUGAUGUUCUAGACUAUUACCAUCAGUUUGAUGAUCCAAUAGAAGCUUUCAAGGAAAAUCAAAGGAAACUUCUGGAACAAAUGGAAGAACAGAAGAAACAAGAAGAGAAAAAUCGCAACAGUGCUUUGACAAAGAACUGGGUUUCAAGCCUUGUACAACAACGAAGGCUGUGAUGUGAUAAUUUGUCUCAACUGAAAUUUCUGAUAUGGACUUUUUUUUUUGUUUGAAGAGAGAUAUAUUUUACAGCUCUUAUAUAAAUUGGAGAGUAGAUGUUAGUUAUUUUUGUUGCAUGCGUGUAUGUGGAACUGUGUUCUGACCACUUACCUCCAAUUGUGUGCUCCUGUAUUUUCUCCAGGAACUUUUUGUGUAAGUUUCUAGACUGAUUAUGUGCAGUUAAUUCUGAUAUGUUCUUUCAGAGCAGUGCAGACAUUAUGUAGUCAAGUUCCCUACUCUGUUAUAGUAUGUAGUAAUACAUAUUAUAAAACUUCAAUUUUUAUUUUGUUAUUUUUAAUCUAACUUUAAUGAAAUAAAGCCGUUGAUUGUAGACAUUAUUACAGAGUUGCAGGUUCUUGCAAUAUAUUGACUUAGCAUAGCCUUUAUUGUGCUAAGGAAUAACAUAAAAAGUAAUGAGAGAAAAAUUGUCUUACUGGUGUCACCACAUAGACCAAAGUUUUUUUAAAAUUUGGGGUCACGUUAGUGAUGGCAGUUUUGUAUUUUUCAGUUUUUAUGUGCAACUUGGUAUAUUCAAA